AUGCCAGGCCAGCCAGCAUCCUCUCCGGCCCUGUUCUCUAACCCUGGCCUGUCGCGACAUCCCUUGCUCGACCGCGGCGCGAGAGGCGGACGCGGCCGCGGCGGAGACCGGGGCGGCCGCGGCGGCUUCUCGGACCGGAGCGGACGCGGUGGCUAUCGCGGCGGCCGCGGCGACGGCGGUGACCGGGGCGGUCGCGGAGGCGGCUUCCGCGGUGGUCGUGGGGGCCGGCCGCGCGACACGACGAUCGAGCUGGCGUAUAGAGUCAAUGGAUCUUUCCCGCAGCCCGACGCUGCCGUGACGGCCCUCGAGGACCGCCUCAUCAAGACGCAGACAUCCUCGGCCGCCGGCCUCGCGGCGCAGAUGGCCAAGACCAACAUCCAGGCGCCGCCCCUCCAGGCCCGGUCCACUGACGUGUUUCCCCUGAGGCCGGCCUUUGGCACAAGCGGCCAGCCCGUCACGCUGUGGUCCAACUACUUCAACGUCACCUUCAAACCCAUGGUGCUGUACAAGUACACCUUUGAGUUUGUCCAGGUCGGCUCCGAGACGUCGUCGGGCGAGCCGUCCAAGUCGUCCAAGGCCGCCAGCCGCGAGGUCAAGGGCCGCAAGCUCUACUUUGCCGUCCGUGAGCUGCUCGCCACCCUCAAGGCCGCCGACAAGACGCUCGUGCUCGCCACCGAGUACAAGAGCCAGCUCGUCUCGCUCCAGAAGCUUAAGCUGGCCGAGAACCCGGUGCGGUUCCGGCUGGCCGUCGAGACCAGCGGCGACAAGUGGGACGUCAUCGAGGCCACCAUCCACGGCCCGACAGAGGCGCCCCUCGACGCCCUGCUCAACGCCCGCUUCUUCCCCUUUGGCAAAGACGAGGCCGCCACCAACCUGUUCCAGGACUUUCACCAGCUCAUCGCCGCCCGGGGCUUCUUCCAGUCGGCCCGCCUAGGCACCGGCCGGCUUCUGCUCAACGCAAACGUCAGCCACGGCGUCUUCCGCGCCGCCGGCAGGCUCGCCGACCUCUUUGACCGCUUCCAGAUCCGGCCGACGCAGGCCUUUGACAACCAGGCCAUGAGGAAGAUCAAGGCCUUUGCCAAGUUCAUGCCCAAGACGCGCGUCUGGGCCGAAAUCACGCUGUCGACGGGCGAGGCGAAGCCCUCCGACGGCAAGCCACUCAAGUUUGCGCCCAACUACGAGUACCCGGGGCCCAAGCAGGUGCAGUUCUUCCUCAACGACGGCAAAGGCGGCGGCCAGUACAUUUCCGUCUUUGACUACUUCAAGAUGAAGUACAAGAAAACCCUCAAGGACUACCCGCUGGUCAACCUGGGCCGCGCCGACAAGCCGACGCUCUUCCCUGCCGAGGUCAUCGAGAUCCAGCCGGGCCAGUCGGUCAAGGCGCGGCUCACCAUGAACGAGACAACAGCCAUGCUGGACGUGGCAUGCCGCUCGCCCUUCUCCAACGCCACGUCCAUCAGCGCCGACGGCCGCAAGACGCUCGGGCUCGACGACAACGGACUCAAGCCCUUUGGCAUCUCGGUCGACAAGGGCCUCCUCACGGUCCGAGGCCGGGUGCUCAACGUGCCCAUGAUCAGCUACCUCAACAACCAGCAGAAGCGGUCCGACGUGUCGCCCUUCAACGGCAGCUGGAACAUGCGCAACGUGCGCGUGGUCAAGCCCGGGGCCAUGAUUGAGCGCUGGACCUUUCUCAACAUCAUGAAGCGGAGCGACAGCCCCAUCAUCGAGGUGCCGGCCAUGAAGGACUUUGCUAAGUUCCUGGGCAGCAACAUGGGCAUCCGCAUCAAGGACUCGCCCCUAGUGCCGGGCGACGGCAAGAUGUUUACGAGCUGGGACCGGGCCAUGAGCGACGGGCUCGAAAACUUCUUCACGUGGGCCAAGAACAACCGGAUCCAGUACGUCUUCUUCGUCCUGACAGAAAAGGACAGCCAGGGCCUGUACUCGAGGAUCAAGAGCCUCGGCGACUGCACUUUUGGCAUCCACACCAGCGUCGUCACGUCCAAGCACCUGCUAAAGCCCAACAACUUCAUGUACUACGCCAACGUCGGCCUCAAGGUCAACCUCAAGGCCGGCGGCGUCAACCACCGGCUCCGCGAGGACGUGGGCCUGCUCAAGGAGGGCAGGACCAUGGUGGCCGGCUACGAUGUGACGCACCCGACCAACAUGACGACGGCCCGCGACGCGCGCGAGGCGCCCAGCCUGGUCGGGCUCGUGGCCAGCAUCGACAAGGAUCUGGCGCAAUGGCCGGCCGUGUCGUGGGAGCAGCCGUCCAAGCAAGAGAUGCUGAGCGGGCAGCUCGUCGACGCCUUCAAGACGCGCCUCGAGCUGUGGCAGAAGCACAACCAGGGCGCCCUUCCCGACAACAUCGUCAUCUUCCGCGACGGCGUGUCCGAGGGCCAGUUCUCGCAGGUGCUCGAGCUGGAGCUGCCGUCGAUCCGCCAGGCCUGCCGCGCCAAGUAUCCGGCCAAUGCGUCGCCGCCGCGCCUGACCAUUGUCGUCUCGGUCAAGCGCCACCAGACGCGCUUCUUCCCGACCAGCAGCGACGCCAUGUCCGACUCGGGCAACAUCCGCAACGGCACCGUCGUCGACCGCGGCGUCACCCAGGCCCGCUACUGGGACUUCUUCCUGACGGCCCACCACGCCCUCAAGGGCACCGCGCGCCCGGCCCACUACACCGUCAUCCUCGACGAGAUCUUCCGCCAAAAGUAUAAGGCCACAGCCGCCAACGAGCUCGAGCGCCUCACCCACGAGCUCUGCUACCUGUACGGCCGAGCCACAAAGGCCGUCAGCAUUUGCCCGCCCGCCUACUACGCCGACAUUGUGUGCGAGCGCGCCCGCGCCCACCGGCCCGAGAUCUUCGAUGCGAGCGACGCUGACAGCGUCUCCACCGCCGGCAAGGCGUCGCCCGCCGCGAGCCGCCAGGUCCAUGAGACGCUGCAGGACUCCAUGUACUACAUCUAG